AUGAUUGUGGGAGAAGAGAAGGUUGAUGGUGUUGGUGAUGAUGAUGGAAGAAGAGGUGAUGAUUGUUGUUGUGGUGGGGAAGGAGGAGGAGGAAGAGGUGGUGGUAGAGAAGAAGGUGAUAGUGAUGGUGUAGGAGGAGAAAAAUGUGGUGGUGAUGGUGAUGGUGUAGGAGGAAAAAAAUAUGGUGGUGGUGGUGAUGAUGGAAAAUGUGAUGGUAGUAGUAGAGGAGAUUCUGGUGGUGACGGCGGCGGCGGUAGAAGGGAUAAAAAUGACGAUGGCGGUAGAGAACGAGGGGAGGAAGAGGGUGGUGUGGUGGCAUACUAUCGACAAUCACCCGAGCAGAAUCAAGAGCUUCAUGCAGUUCUGGUUGCAGCUGUGUUGACAAUUUAA